CAAGCCACCGCCAGUGUUUCACUAGCUGGUGUUUCAGACUCCAUCCACAAUGUCUGGUAGAGGAAAGGGUGGGAAAGGCUUAGGUAAAGGCGGCGCUAAGCGCCACCGCAAGGUUCUGCGGGACAACAUCCAGGGCAUCACUAAGCCGGCCAUCCGCCGCCUGGCUCGGCGCGGCGGUGUCAAGCGCAUCUCCGGCCUCAUCUACGAGGAGACCCGUGGUGUGCUGAAGGUGUUCCUGGAGAACGUCAUCCGCGACGCCGUCACCUACACUGAGCACGCCAAGCGCAAGACCGUCACCGCCAUGGAUGUGGUGUACGCACUCAAGCGCCAGGGCCGCACCCUCUACGGCUUCGGAGGCUAGUCUGCGCCACCGCUGCUUCUCCGGACCCCCGUCCCUUAACGGCCCUUUUUAGGGCCAAC